AUGAAAAUGAAAGCUUUCUAUUGUACUUUGUACCAGAAAGUAAAGAAGCCAUGUUUUGAGAGUUGUUUCAUUGGUGAUGAAUCGGAAUUGAUUGUGAAUUGUUCAUCCUCAUUCGCUCAUUUUUCUCAUCUCAAAAUUCACUCGACAAAAACGGUAAAAGUGGAUUUCGAAGAAGAGGAACGAGACUCGACGCUGUACUUUUUGACCACUUCAACGGGUGAAUUCGACGGGCUUGACAACGAGAUCUUCGGGCUUUGUCAUGAAAGAAAUUUGAGAAUUUCGGUCGAAGUGCAAAGAAAAGAUCGUCUCCACAAUCGCCACCGACAUCACAGCGGAUUGCACUGGAGAGAAGAGAAUGGUGUUGGGUCGUGGAAGAAAAACGUUUUCCAUAGGAAAGCUUUGGAACCCUUUGAAAGUCGAGAAGUUGAGGAGGAGCCGAUUGAAGAUGAACGAGUGAAUAGGAUACAAAAUGUGAUGUCUGGACAAAUGCAUUUAAUGCCACCGGACGUUCGGGAGCUUCCCGAUAACUCUCUUCGGCUGCCUUCAGGC